AUGCUAGAAGGUAUCCUCAAUCCGGGUACUUCAUACAACACGUCCUUCUGUUAUAAUGUCUCCCGAGGUCGUCUAGUCACCAUUGAAUGCGAGUACCCCAUUUUUUAUUAUGUAGAAAGUGCGCUCUAUCGGACAUUCUUGGGAUGCUUCUUUCAUCUCAUUGAAGUAUUACUUUUGGGUGCUCUCUGGUUCUGUAAUAUCUGGAUACAAAGAGAUUUCACGGAAGCGUACAUGUCAUCAGUCGCAGUUCCAUUGUCCAUUUCCACAGUGAUGAAAAUUGCCACAUAUGUAUGGGAUUGUCUGUUCCCGAGAGAUAUUGAGAAGUCAUGGCUAAUUGAUAUGGCAUAUGCUACAAGUGUCACCACUGCACAGAUGACGUUGAUUAUGGGGUUGCCCUUCUUGUUGUUUAUGGCUAUGAGAAUGGGGACGUCCAGGAAACAAAACUACGGAUGUUGUACAUGGAUCCCAUUCCUCCUAAUCCUCAUCAUUUCCUUCCCACUGUCCGCCGUCUUCAACAUGUUCUACAAACCUACUUACGCAGCUCCGUCUCUAGUAGCCAUUUUGGCUCUGCUCAUCAUUUCUCUCAUUUUCAUGUUCAUGUUCAUCGGCAUGGGAUGUAUGACAUUCGCCUGUUGCGCUAAACAGAAAAUAGCGAUGGAUAUGUUGGACCCGGUGAUUUAUGAUGCUAGGAGUCGACUGGGUUGGGCUAUGCUGUACUCGAUAUUUGCUCCUAUAUCAAUUUACCCCUGUUUUUACUGCUUUGUUUCUCUCGCUUUCUUCCUUGACAUGUCUAACGACUAUGCAAUUCUAAACAACGAAAUGGCAACCCGCGUCUGGAAUUUCUUCUUUGGACCCACAGUACUCAUAUUCACCUUUGUUAUUUUGCCGUCCUAUCGGGACACAAUCAUGUGUGGGUGUAAGUAUCGCCGAUUCCAACGGAAAGUUCAAAUGGGCACGUUGGCAGCUCCAACGGCUCACGGGGUGACUCAACAGAUAAGAAUCUCGGAAACUGAGAAGAUACCAGUAGAAUUCAUUAAGGAACCCGAGCAGAAAAUACCUCUGGAGCCUCUUUUCACGACUACUGGCGGUAGUGCAGAUUCCAAACGGCCAAGGCCAGCGUACCCAGUGCAAACUUUUCCGGAUAAGUACUAA